AGUUGUUCAGUCCCCCCCCCCACCGGGCGGGCGCCGGCCUCGGGCCAUGGGGCAGCCUCCGCGGUGCGGCCACGGACUCGGGGGGGCGCCAGCGAGCGGGCCGCGGGGCCGCCCUGCGCGCCGGCGCGGGGCUGCAGGCGCUCCUGUUGAGCUCUGUGGUGACGCCGGCGCGGGGCUUCUUCGAGCAGCUGCUCGGAGGGAAUGUCCAGUUCGAGCAGCCGAAGCAGGCGAAGUGGCCGAGGGGCGUGCCCGACUCCUGCUCGAGGGCCAUGUCGUGGUUGAAGGAGGCACGGAGUGGACAUGGAACCGCAACGACUUCACCGUGAAGCUCACCGUCGACCUCGACGCGGAGGCGCCCAUAAACCAGUGCCAGCGCUCGCCGUGCAAGUGGUCGGCCGAGAACGGCAAGUUCUACCUCCUGCUGGGCCAGGCUGGGGUGGCCGAGUUCGACAGCCAGG